AUCAGGAAAUUGUGUCUAACCUUAUUCACUGCGUAUCUACAGCAGAAGUUAGAUUCCACGUAAACAUGGUCGACUCUACAAUUCUUGAACCCACUUUGCAGACUAUCAAAGCCAUUGUUAUCCUGGAUAACGAUGGUUGUCGUCUUGUAGCCAAAUAUUAUGAUAAAACUUUCACGACUGUGAAGGAACAGAAAGAUUUUGAAAAGAAUCUCUUCAACAAGACAUACCGAGCAAAUGCUGAAAUUAUCAUGCUUGAAGGUUUGACCUGUGUGUAUAAAAGUAAUGUUGACCUCUACUUUUAUGUGAUUGGAAGUUCGCAGGAAAACGAGUUAAUACUCGCGAGUGUACUAAAUGCUUUAUACGAUGCUGUGAACCAGAUGUUACGAAAGAAUGUCGAACGGAGGGCUCUCUUAGAAAACCUCGAUGCUGUCUUCUUAGCGAUUGAUGAAAUAUGUGAUGAUGGCAUCAUUUUAGAAGCUGACCCUUCAGCUAUCGUCCAGAGAGUGGCAAUAAAAUCAGACGACAUUCCAUUAGGAGAACAGACAGUUGCACAGCACCUCACCAAAAAAUUGGAGGUGGAAAUUCAGGAAUUUUGGGGGCUAGUUGAUUUCAGUGAUCCUCUUACUUAACUGGUACUUAGUAUUGACCUCAAAUGGAUGAAAGGUGUUGCAGUCAGCUAAGGAACAAAUAAAAUGGUCGCUUUUGAAAUGAUGGGGAAGCCUUACCACUGCCAAUAACAGAAAGACAGGCAUCAUUCUAGAGAAUACCAUUGCUACUAUCGGCUCAUACUAAAAUAUAUCGAAACAUAAUUCAACAUGUAAUUUUGUUGUUCCUUUUCUCCUUUUUUUUUUUUCUUGGAGAGAUUUAUUAAAUUCAUUUAUUUAACUGAUGUUUUGGCAGAAUAUGUU